CAGGUAGAUUCACCAUGUGGAUGCUCGCAGCCCUCCUGCUCCUGGUUCCAAGCAGUGGGAAAGCUGCUACUCUGGAGAAGCCUGUACUGUCUCUACACCCACCUUGGACCACCAUCUUCAAGGGGGAGCGAGUAACCUUGAGAUGUGACGGGUACCACCCUCUGCUGCUGGAGCUCCGGCCCAUUAGCACUCUCUGGUACUUGGGCCAUGUCCUCCUGCCUUCCCAUAAGAAGAGCAUUGAGGUGCAGGCACCAGGGGUGUACCGAUGUCAGACCCGAGGAGCACCAGUCAGUGAUCCCAUCCACCUCUCUGUGUCUAAUGACUGGUUAAUUCUGCAAGUGCCGUACGCUGCGGUGUUCGAGGGAGAGCCCCUGGUGAUGCGCUGCCGAGGCUGGUAUGACAAAGUCGUCUACAAGCUUCACUACUACCACGAUGGCCAGGCUGUGAGAUACUUCCAUUCUAGCACCAACUACACGGUGCUGCAAGCGCGAGCCAGCGACAGCGGUCACUACCAGUGCUCGGGCACCAUGCGCAUCCCGGUGGAGAGCGCGCCCAUGUUCUCCUCCAAGGUGGCGGUGACCGUGCAAGAGCUGUUUCAGACGCCGGUGCUGAGGACGCUGAGCCCGCAGGAGGCGCGCGGGCGCGUGGUGCUGCGCUGCGAGACGCGCCUGCACCCGCAGAAGCGGGACACGCCGCUGCAGUUCGCCUUCUACAAGUACAGCCGGCCGGUGCGCCGCUUCGACUGGGGCGCCGAGUACACGGUCCCCGAGCCGGAGGUGGAGGAGCUGGAAUCGUACUGGUGUGAGGCGGCCACCACUAGCCGGAGCGUCCGGAAACGCAGCCCGUGGCUGCAGCUCCCCGGGCGGGCCUCUGUCCUGGCACCCACCACCGCACCAGCCCCACAGGCUGCAGCUUUGGCGCCAGGUGACAAGCCACUUUCCUUCCGGAAGACCCCAGUGUCCCGAUCGGUCCCAUCAGUCACUUCCGUCCCAAACAGCACCUUUGCGGGACUGCAGUUCCCCGCGGGCCACGACGCCACCGCCGAGCCACACGCCUGCGAGCCUCUGCCCACAUCCGCGGACCAGUCGCGCGAAGCUCUGCAGGCCAAGGUGGACCUCCUGCUUCGCGAGAUGCAGCUGCUCAAAGGGGUUCUGGGCCGCGUGGUCCUAGGAUUAAAGGACCCACAGGCCCUCCGCGAGCUUACAGAUAACCCCGAGACACCCACUUCUCACGUUACUGUGAACCCCGCAACCCCAGAGACCACUGUCGUGGAGGGCCGCCGAGUGGACAGCUAG